CGAUGCGAGUGCGCGAGUUGUAACUUAGCAGACGACUCGCUCGCACCGCCGUCUGCUCGGCGCCGUUUCCGUCGACUCCUCCUUGGGGAAGAAAAAAUAGUCUGCACGAUUCGUUUGUUCCACACUGUUGGUGGAGAAACUGCUACUAAUAGACAACAGCAAGCCGUCUGCUCUGGAUUGCCUACGUUCGGGCCGAUGGCAGCGCUGCGGAAUUACCGUGCCAUUAGACGCGAGUGACUUUUUUACCCUGCCUCUGGAAUAAUCUGCGCAAGAGACGAAGUGGGAAGAAGAGGAGAGGAGCACGGUGUGAUACGAGACCACCACUACUUCGGGGUUGACGUUGCGAGAUCGUUCGCGGUGCAACGUCGGGUUGUUUCCAUUAUUGGAAGCGUGUUGCGUGGUGGCGGCCACACUUGUUGAGCGGGAACUCCAAAUCGGGAGACUCCAAACAGCGGAAAAGUUUGGAGCGCUAGUCCUGGGCCGGCUACGGGGAAUUCGCAUUGUUUGGGAAAGGGUAACCGGGAACAAUCACGGAAUAAUGCAAAAGGAUUCCCGCUGUCUGUCGGGUUUUACCGCAGUGCGCUGAACGGGCGAGAGGAGUUUCUGUCUCCACCUUCGUAUCCUGGCCACGGACGACUCAAAGCUACUCCCGUGAUCCAGAGCAGCAAGAGCCCUGCCCAGAGAAGACUCAAUCAUGCACAGGUACACCGAAGACCCUUCGUAUGCAGCUGAAGACCACAAGCGCGAUGCCCAGUCAGCGACGCCUGCCGGCGUCGUCCAGCACUACGGGAGUUCCGAUCCAAUCAAGUUCCUGGCGACGCUCGUCAAACAGACCGCGGCGGCCGCGGCAUCGAACCUCUGCAACGGCACCGCGUCGCCGCUGUCUUGCGGCGGUGACUCCAGGAACGUGACUCCCGAUGCCGCGUACUCGGACGGCGAGGACGACGACUUCUUCGAGUACCCCGGGAACAGGGCGGUAGAAGAGGUGCUGGGCAUCGUGGUGCCCAUCCUGUUCGGUGCCAUCGCCGUGAUCGGAUUUUUCGGCAACGCGCUCGUGGUCCUCGUCGUGCUGUGCAACCCGCAGAUGCGUUCCACCACGAACAUUCUCAUCAUUAACCUCGCCAUGGCCGACCUGCUCUUCAUCGUCUUCUGCGUCCCUUUCACGGGCUGGGACUACACCCUCAACUACUGGCCCUUCGGCGACGUCUGGUGUCGCGUCGUGCAGUACCUAGUCAUCGUGUGCGCGUACGCGAGCAUAUACACGCUGGUGCUGAUGUCGCUCGACCGGUUCCUGGCCGUGGUCCACCCGAUCACCUCCAUGUCCGUGAGGACGGAGCGAAACGCGUACAUGGCCAUUCUCCUCACCUGGGUCGUCAUCCUGCUCGCUUGCAUUCCCGCGCUCUUCGCGCACGGCAUGAUUGUCCUCAACGACAGUUUUUCCUCCUGCACCUUCCGGGUGGACCUGGGAUACAACAUCGCGGCUUUUCAGAUAUCUUUCUUCAUGUCCUCCUUCGUGAUUCCGCUGGCGCUCAUAUUCGUACUUUACGUCUUGAUGCUCAAGAGGCUUUGGUUUGGAACGGCGCCCGGAGGCAGGGUCAGCGCGGAAAGCGUGCGAUCCAAGAAACGGGUCACCCGACUCGUAGUGGUGGUCGUCGUCGUGUUCGCCGUUUGCUGGUGUCCUGUUCAGGUGGUGCUCGUGCUGAAGAGUGUGGACAUCUAUGGGCUGCCGAUGAACCCUCCGCGUAUUGUGGUGCAGAUUGCUUCACAGAUUCUGGCGUACACGAACUCCUGUGUGAACCCGUUCCUCUACGCUUUCCUCUCGGACAACUUCCGCAAGAGCUUCCGAAAAAUCAUCUUCUGCUACCGGAAGACGCCGGCGGCUGUCGGCUCCUGCCCAACGCGGACGCGGGGGGAGGAGAUCGACUUCGCCGAGCGAGAGACGCUUGCCAACUCUGCGAACAAGGCUCCCAAAAUCAUGAACGACAUCCUGUAACGAAGACUGCGAUGGUGCGCCGUCAACUGAAGCAUCAGGCCCUACUGGUCCACAUUUCUUUCCCCAUCAAGGACGCCGCAUUCCGUCAUUCGGCAGUUCUGCGCUGUGUAUGUCCUGUGUCGUUGACAGAAUGUGACUGUCAAGUUUCUGCAUAUGAUGCAGUUCUAAAAACGUGACAAUGAUGUUAACGAAGUUUGCUGGCUAAAAAAAAAAAUUUACUUCAAUCAAAAUUCAGCCUACCACGCUACGGAUGACGCAAGGUUAUUCAAACGACCGAAAGAAAGAUAACCUUUUGUCUUCGAGAAAUAGUUUCAACGUCGCCGCCUCACCAAGCUGCUACUAAUCGCCGACAAGCCACUUUGUGUCGUCACAAAACAUUGCAGACAUCGUAGCGUCUCGGCCCAAUGUUGUGUAAAUGGUUCUUCUUCAAUGUGGUACGGCCGUGGCGGGCUGCUUCUAGCUGACGCCUCUUCUCCGUCGUGCUUUUUUUUUAUUCCUUGGCAUUCUUGGAUCCUGCCUCAGGUGUGCGCACAUAGCGUCAACUUGCGAAAUAUUCAAAAACCAGCUCUUCACGAUGAAGAACAAGAUGUCGUUGACUGAAUCGGAGCAAAAUUUUUUUUUCAAUGUCGUGAGUGUUUGCGCGGUAUCUUCGUAGUGAGCUUCACACAGGUGAGCAGGCUAACGACAGCUUUAACCGCACAAAACGCACCUGUCGAAAGGGCGUGAAGAACAAGAGAAGCGGUUGACGAAGCAGGGCCAAAUUGUUCUUCUACCUACUACGCUGUUCCCCUAACUUCGUCAAGCUAAAGUCAGAGUUACUAUACCAAUAUGCUAAAAGUUGUAGUCGGGGAACACGAGGCGUUGUUUGGUGAAGUUAAACUGUGAUAGUGAUAGCUAGAAAGAAAGAAUGUUUUGCCCACAACAUCCUUCCAAGAGUGACGACACUGAUAUAUUCCAUGUGGGCCCCCAUAGGCAUUGCUAAGUUCGAGUGAGCUUAGCUGCGGCUGUAAAAUUAAGAUUCUUUCAAAAACAGGUAGUGCAUGUUCGCGCAACAUUUGACAUUCAUGGGUCAUUGUUUCAUUUACACCGUUAUUAUAAACACACUAUUCGUCUAAAAGAAACACAAGUGUCUCAAGCAUUUCUUGGUUCCAACGAAGACCGAAGCGUUUUUCGCAUCCCCAGAUAGAUGCCCAUAGGCAAACAGAUAAAAACUUAUUAUAAUAGUUAUUUGCCAACGUAUAACCCAGUGACAUGGUCGCGUAAGAAAGAGUGGAACGUCAGUGUAAAUAUCAAUGUUUAGCCUCGUUCAGAGGUCAUUGCAAUCAUACCCUCCAUAUUGCACAGAGCAUGCCAGUGACUUAGGCAACUGCCCCGUUGUCCUGUCCUACGCGCAUAACAUGCGAAUUGCUUUAGGUUGUGUUCGCGUAUGCGUAUAUUGCUUGUUUUUUUUUUACUUACAUUUGUGGAUCGCUCGUUACGUGGAACCUAUGCGUGACCGAACGUUUACGACGUGUUUUACAUUGCGAACUAUCUCUUUUACUAGCUUGGAAAUAGACAGGCAUGAAUUUCUUAUGACUUACGAUGUUCACUCAGUGUACUAAACAAUAUAUUUUGCACACCUGUCCUUUCCACAUCCCCUGUUCCAGUGUCUCUCAUCAAUAGCUUACUGGAUUUCCUUUGACGUGACUUCAGGUUCUUAAGCGUAUGAGUCACUGAGCACGACCAACAGGAGACCUCUCAAAUGAACGAUAAAUAAAAAAAUGCGAUCUCCAGAUUGCCCGUAAACAUUAAAAUUAGACUGAUCCGGGGCCAGUAAGUGGGCGAACUGACGGGAAUGAUACACGCAUGCUUGAAAACCUCUCGAUCUUCGUCAGUAGCAAAGUGUGUUCAUUAUGCUUCUCAAUAGUAGGUUAAUUACAUUACCUAAGAACUGUGUAGAACACGAGUAGACUAGACCAGUCUUGUGGGUCAACCAUAUAGUGAUCAUUCAAUGCACGUAACCCAAAUCGCUGAAACCAGCAAGCGCCGCAGGCACUGCACAUAGAAAAUACUUGAUGUCGAGCCGACCUUCGGUACGAGAAGCGCUUCGUGAUCGGGUCGGCCUCUUUCAGGCACCUCGUGUACACUGGAAGUGGUUGGUGUCAUACGAGAAGCACGUUCACUGCUUAAAAGCAGCGAUGCCUGUUUGUGGUACGUGCUAGAAUUCGCUUAUCUUCAUUGAGAUGGGAACUUGUUUGUCGUACUCUGGGAGUUCGUUUUCUACGGCGUCUACAUCUCCUGUGCUGGAAUCUUGCCGCCCUUCUCUCGUACGAAAAGUUCAGCUUCUGCCGUUCCCUAAUCCAUCGGCGUUCACAUCUCUCGACGGAGCACAACACCCUGUCAACGUUCGUCUCUCUAACGGAAUACGUGUCUUCUACCCAACGACGCUUGGACCACUUUUGUAGCGCCGUGCGGUAGCCUAGGUGUUGUGUACAAGUGUCACACGAAGAAUUUGAAUGCUCGAACCUUCGUGCAGAACUCGGACCGCCAGUGAAUGUGUGGUGAAUGUGUGCAAUUUCAACUUAUCUAUCGUGGCCUAAGCCGUGUUCAUGGAGAAGAAGAAGAAGAAAAAACACACCAACGUCGCGCUCCUCGUGACCUGUACUUCUUGCGCUGCUUAAACAGAGUGUCAUCUCGGUGCUUCAACUGUGAUGAAAGCCGUGUAACUUAUAUUUUUGUCUCUUUCUCUCUACGUCUCUUUAAAAAAAAACUGUUCCACGAGUGCGAGUGUUUGUGUUCCGAUGCCAAAAAAGCCUCUGUGUUCGCCUAGUGAGCUUGUGCAAUUCCCUCUCUCAAGAAUCAACUUCACCGAAUCUGGUACAUACAUCUGCAAAGAAAAAAAAAAUGUUAUUGUACUUGUCUACUUAGGGUGUUGGGCGUUGGCCACUUGUUACCUAUUGUGCUUGUGACGCAGCUAAUCUUCUCUGCAAGGUAGCAAGUAAACUUAAUGCUGUUACAGGGGGGAAAAGUAUAGACGGCUAGCUUGGUUCUCAUAGUUCAAGCUGCAACUGUAGGCUGAGGCUUUUUGCCGUGUCGGAGGAAAAACGAAAGACAUUUUUGAAAGACUGUUACCAUCUUGUUGAAGUUUAUUAUACACAACCUGUAUCCAGCGUAUGUCAUUUACUCUAGAGGAGGUGCAAGCAAAACUUUGUUAAAAACUAAAACCGGUUAAAUUUUUGUCCCCACUCUAAUCACAUGAAAGUUAAAAACGAGCACUCCCGACUGAUGCCAAGAAAUAAAACGCCAAAGCUGCCGGGGCUUUCAUUUUUACGUCCUGUGCCUCCAAGACGUGUUCUCCUGUACUAAUUAUCUUCGUUCAAAAUGUACAUUAAACGCGUUUGAAGUCCA